UGCAAUUUUGAUUUAAAAUAAUCGAAAAAAAAUGAUUAGACUUCCCUUUUUCUAAUCUAAACGGAUGUUAGAACUGAUUUUGUAUUCAACACUCAAAUGAUUUAAACAGAACUCGCUAUAUUGACCAAUCGUUGUAUUUUCCCAGUCAUGCGACGAAAACUUUCACAAUGAUAAUGUUUUAUAAAGAACGUUUUUCUUAAAAGAAAAUUCUCCUCUUCAAAUGAUAAAAUUAAAAGUUCAUUUAGAAUUUUGCAUAUUUUAAUUUUGAAUUAGAAAUGGAAGAUAUUUCAGAACUCGAGUUACUUAAUAGCGCUCUUGGUCCACAACGAUUACCAUUAAUUAUAGCAGUGCCUUUAAAUUUAAUUUAUAUAAUUAUAUUUUUUAUCGGCGUCGUUGGAAACUUGGCGACAUGCAUGGUGACAAUUAAAAAUUCAUCAAUGCAAAAUGUCACCAACUAUUAUCUCUUCAGUCUAGCCGUGUCUGAUUUACUCUUAUUAAUAAUAGGUAUGCCAAUUGAUAUCAUGGAUUCUUGGCACAGAUACCCAUGGCCAUUGGGUUCAUUCUUUUGCAAACUUUCUCACUACAUUUUGGAAAUGUCCUGUAAUGUAUCUGUGUUGACGAUAAUGGCAUUUUCAUUAGAAAGGUAUGUCGCUAUUUGUCACCCCUUUCGACUUCAAGGAAUAAGUGGCUUAAAAAGACCAACAAUUGUGAUUUUUUGUUGCUGGCUUGGCGGAAUCAUUACAGCCAUUCCAACUGCUUUAAAUUCUAUAGUGUCACACAUGUUUUACUGGCAAGGAAGAAUAAUACUAUCGGAAAAAUCCGCUGUAUGUGCAACACGAAGAUUUCAAUAUCCCUAUUUGGAAAUAAGUUUCGUUCUCUUCUUCCUAGUGCCAAUGAUUUUAAUCACCAUUCUGUACAUAAAAAUGGGUUUGAAAAUUCAUAGAAGCACAAAUCACAAAAUUUCAGAGGAUCAACAUUCGAAUAGUUUCGAGCCCAAACAAUUACAGGCCAGAAAAUCGAUAAUUAAAAUGCUUUGUGCAGUGGUGGUAACGUUUUUUGUCUGCUGGGCACCAUUUCAUACACAAAGAAUUUAUAGCAUCUAUUCAAACUAUAAAUCGGAUGAGCUGUUUAUUCUCAGUGGCUUAUCAUAUUAUAUGAGCACUGCUGCCAAUCCAAUUUUAUACAAUGUCAUGAGCACACGCUAUAGAGCAGCUUUCAAGGAAACUAUAUGCUGCAUUACAAUUUCUGUUAAAAUCAAAAGAACAACCACUGAUUCCUCAAAACAAACCGAAAACAGUAUUUGUGAGAACAUUGUCUAACAGCGUCUAAUGUAAAACUUGCAUAAAAAUUAUAAUCAUUUUUCUUACCCAGUACAAAAAGUAAUUAUACUUUUGUAUAAGUACAGAAAUAUUACAAAAUUUCAAAUCAAAAUCUUUUUUUUCAUCUACUUAUGGAAAUUGUAAACCCAAUUCUAUUAAAAUUGAAUUAAUUUUGAAAUAUUUAAGUGAAAUUAGAUUUCUAGAAUAAACACAAUAACUUUAGAAAACAACAAUUUUCCAGGAUUUCGAUCAAAAUUCCCUGACAUUUCCAGGUUUCGAGGCAACCCUGUUUUUGUAUAAAGAUAAUUAUUCUUUUGUAUAGAAAAAGAAUACUUAUUUUACAAUACAAUAAAGAAUAAUUAUUUCAUGUAUAAAAAUAAUCAUCUUGGUACAAAAAAUAAUUAUUUGAAUACAAAACAUUUUUUGUACAAGUACAAAAAAAUUAUAAUUACUACAAAUUUAAACAGAAACAAUUAAUCAAUUUUAUUCAAAAGAACCAUAUGAAGAGUAACUACAACAACAAAGUCAAAAACAUUUUUACUAACGAUAUCAAAUUGAGACAAAAAACGAAUCAAAAGUGUUGCAAAGCAACAUGUUGAUUCGAUUUUUGUCUUAAUUUGAUAUCGCUAGAAAAAGUUUGAAAAAAAAUCCAAAAUUUAAACAAAGUGUUUCAAAAUGUCUUCAAAUCAUUAAAAAAAAAUUAAAUCAGAAAUUUGAAUCCUCUAAAUAUGAGAGGAACCGAAUAAGAAGAACUACAUAUGGACCAAUAUGCAACUAAAAUAAAAAAAAAACUAUUUGUUUCUUUGCAUGUUUCUAAUGGACAUUAACUGUACAGAAAAGUUUUCACAAACAAACACUCCAAACUUGAUUCGAGAAAAGAAUUACAACAAAACGAAUUGUGUAUUUGUACAAGAGAUAAUUCCAUUAUUCCUCUAGAAUUCAAUUUUCUUUUUAUUCUCUAAACAUACAAAGCACAUCAAGUAAUUUAUUUAUUUCAAACUAAUUAACUUUAUGUACUUCCUAUUUAUUACCUAUUAUUUAAUUCUAAAUCUUAAAGCGAACUCUUGAUUGUAUUCUAAC